GAGACAAGCAGCGGGCGGCGGGCUGGUACCGGCGAGGGAUCAGCGAGCUGGAGAGAGGCGUCGCCAUCCAGAUCUCAGGGAGCGGAGGCAAAUACGAGCGAGACAGACGACUGCAGAGCAAGAUGACCGCCAACCUGAUCAUGGCCCGGGACCGCCUGCAGUCCUUAGUCGCGGUGCUCUCGAGCUCCAGAGCGCAGACGGAUGUUUACGCUGACAGCACAGACUCCGCCCACCACACUGCUCACCUGCGCUCAGCAGGUGGCGCUGUCUCCAGAAAGAGAGACUCUGUUAAUGCAGCACCAUCCAGCCGUCCAAAGACCUCCUCCUCCUCUUCCUCCUCCUCCUCCUCCUCAGCCGGCCUCCAUCGCUCCUCAGACGGCGGUCCUCAGCGCCCGCCCGCCCGCAGCAGCAGGAGCAGUAAGGGGAGAACGAGUCGCCGCGGAGUUAAAGUCAGCUGCCCGACGUCAACACCACAGAAGAAGAGAGACUCGAAGAACCUGAAGAACGUCGACGAGAAGCUCGCCAACCUCAUCCUCAACGAGAUCGUGGACAG